AUGGAACUUUAUUUCCGUAUUCCUGGAGGACCUUCCGAUAUACGAUACACCUUCAGGAAACCGAUACCUGCUGCCCUCUGUCGGCCAGAUGCGCCUCGCGAACUGGCGACACCUUUCGUGUCAAAGGUGAUCAACGGGUGCGAGAAGGAAAUUCUUGCAAAGCGAAACUGGAGUUGCCGGUGCGGAAAGCUCGCGACGUUCUUCCAUGGGAUUCCCAUGGUCACAUUGGUCGACUAUCCUCCAACAGAGAUAUUGAAGUGGGUGCAGAGCAGCACGGCAGAGACUCUCAAGGAGUUUCCUGGAACAAGUGUUGAUACUGCUCGUUAG